UUUCCAACAUGGCCGCCAUUGGGCACGUUGGUGAGCCAGCCUUCUACAGCGCUAUUGCUUACCUAAUCUUCAUAUCUAUGGCCAACACUCGUCUCAACCGUAACCACACGCGCUUACACGUGCUGCACUUAAAAAAAAGUCCUGAAUUUGUACCAAACGUGCGGAAUCCUCGUCACAGGGUCGCCACAGCGCGUCAUCCUUUUCCAUCUCUCUUGCCUGGCAGCUCCAUCUUCAUCAUCCUUCUACCAAUGUACUCACUCUCUCUCCUCUGGACAUGGCCAAACCAUCGAAGUUGUCUCCAAAACAUCGAACCUCGGCUGUCCCUCUGAUGAGCUCAUUUCUAAUUUCAUCCAACCUGGUCACUCUGAGAGAGAACCUCAACAUCUUCAUUUCCACCACCUCCAGCUCUGCUUCCUGUUGUCUCUUCAGCGCCACUGUCUCUAAUCCGUACAUCAUGGCUGGCCUCACCACUGUUUUAUAAACUUUGCCCUUCAUCCUAGCAGAGACUCUUCUGUCACAUAACACACCUGACACCUUCCUCCACCCGUUCCAACCUGCUUGGACCCGUUUCUUCACUUCCUGACCACACUCACCAUUGCUCUUGACCCCAAGUAUAGUAGUCCUCCAGCCUUGCUAUCUCUUCUCCCUGUAGCCUCACUCUUCCCCCAUCACCCCUCUCAUUCAUGUACAUAUAUUCUGUCUUACUUUUGUCUCAUCUUCAUUCCUCUGCUUUCCAGUGCAUGCCUCCAUCUUUCUAACUGUUCCUCCACCUGCUCCCUGCUUUCACUGCAGAUCACAAUGUCAUCUGCAAACAUCACGGUCCACGGGGUUUCCAGUCUAACCUCAUCUGUCAGCCUAUCCAUCACCACUGCAAACAUGCAGGGGCUCAGGGCUGAUCCCUGAUGCAGUCCCACCUCCACCUUAAAUUCGUCUGUCACACCUACAGCACACCUCACCGCUGUUCUGCUUCCCUCGUACAUGUCCUGUAUUAUUCUAACAUACUUCUCUGCCACUCCAGACUGCCGCAUGGAAUACCACAGUUCCUCUCUGGGUACUCUGUCAUAGGCUUUCUCUAGAUCCACAAAGACACAAUGUGGCUCCUUCUGACCUUCUCUGUACUUUUCCAUCAACAUCCUCAAGGCAAAUAAUGCAUCGGUGGUGCUCUUUCCAGGCAUGAAACCAUACUGUCGCUCGCAAAUACUCACUUCUGUCCUGAGUCGAGCUUCCACUAUUCUUUCCCAUAACUUCAUUGUGUGGCUCAUCCACUUUAUUCCUCUAUAGUUCCCACAGUUCUGCACAUCACCCUUGUUCUUGAAAAUGGCCGUUGUUAACCCGGGUCACGUAAUCCUGUGAAAUAAUCCACAUUUUUAAUAUAUGUAGCUGUCAUCUGGUUACAUGUCGUUUUUCAGUAACGACUGGAUUACAGUUUAUUUUGUUAUAAAUCCUGAAUACAUAGCGGCGGUACAUGUAUUCCGUGACACCUGUCCAAGCCUGUUUGUUGCUCGUGUACCCCUGGUUGGGAAACACUGGUUUAACCCACAAUGUCCAAAUCUUCAUCUUGAUAUAAUUGUUUGACAUGUCCGAUUCACACUUGCUUUUCUCAUCCCUCUAACUUGGAGCGUAUAGUGCUGCUAUCGUCGUGUGAAAAUGUGUGCAAGAAGGACAGCAGAGUACGAGGAGGAACUUGGUGGACCAAAAGAAAAAAAGGAGCCACAAUGUCAACUACUGGACGCUGUUUUCAAGCUGCAGUCUCAAACUGUGCAAUUUAGAGCAGACAUCACUGAAGAUCUUCUUACUGAGCGGCAGGAGCCAGAGCCCCCUCACAUUAAAGAGGAAGUGGAGGACGAAGAGGUCCACCACAUCAAAGAGGAAGAGGAGCCCAUUUCAAUUGAAAAAGAGGAGGAAGAAACACGCCCCCACAUCAAACGGGAAGAGGAGGCGGAGGAUAUCACCAAGUUUCCAUCGACUGGUGCCUCUCUGAAGAGUGAAGAUGAAGGUCAAAGUGAGGAGAGCAGAGGGGCGCAGCCUCCAAGCAGCAGCUCAAGUCAACACAUGACAACAGAAGGUGAUGGAGACCACUGUGGACGAUCACAAGCAGACGGACUCUUAGCUCCACUAUCAGAUAGUGACGACAUGACGUCACACUCUACACACACUGAUGAUGAUGACGAUAAACAGUCUGAAGUUAAUGUGACAUUUCAGACUGACAACAAACGAUGGAAAUGUUCUCAGUGUGGGAAAACAUUUGCUAAUAAGUGUAGUUUGAAACAACACAUGAGAACGCACACUGGUGAGAAACUUUUUUCCUGCUCAGUUUGUGGUCAAAGAUUCUCAAGGAAGGGAAGCUUAAAAAUACACACAAGAUUGCACACAGGUGAGAAACCUUUUUCCUGCUUAGAUUGUGGUGAAAGAUUCUAUAAGAAGGAACACUUAAAAAGACACACACGAACCCAUACUGGAGAGAAACCUUUUUCCUGCUCAGUUUGUGGUCAAAGUUUCUCUGAGAAGGGAAGCUUAAAAAUACACACAAGAAAACACAGCACUGAGAAACCUUUUUCCUGCUUAGUUUGUGGUCAACGAUUUACUCAGAAGGGAAACUUAAAAAUACAUACAAGAACCCACACUGGUGAGAAACCUUUUGCCUGCUCAGUUUGUGGUCAAAGAUUCACUCAGAAGGGAUAUUUAAAAAUACACUCAAGAACCCACACUGGUGAGAAACCUUUUGCCUGCUCAGUUUGUGGUCAGAGAUUCUCUGUGAAGGGAAACUUAAAAAAUCACACAAGCACGCACACGAGAGAGAAACCUUUUUCCUGCUCUGUUUGUCGUCAAAGAUUCUCUGCGAAGGGAACGUUAAAAAUACACACAAGAAUGCACACUGGUGAGAAACCUUUUUCCUGCUCAAUUUGUGGCCAAAGCUUCUCUUAUAAGUAUCAGGUUAAGACACACAAGUGUGCUGGUGAGAAUAGCAGUGAUCAAGAUGCUUUUAAUGAAAAUGUAAAUGUUUAAUGUAAAAAGUCAUUACUAUGCUACUGACUUACAAAGCUAGUAUUGCGGGCAAAUGUAGAGAAUUAGCAGUAGUGCCAAAAUACUGUAAAGGGACUAGUUAAAGGUGAGAGGAUGGGCACUUAUUCCAUCUGGACUCAAAGAUGUCUACAGAAAAAAAGUCCUCCAAAAUACAUUUUAGAAUCAUUUACUGAUGAAAUAUUUGAUUUUCAGCCAGAUUUUUGCCCGCCCACAUUUUGGACUUGUCAGUCCGUCACAGCUUGAUACAUAACAAGCAGGAGCCGGUUGCAUUUCGUCAUUGAACUUCUGUGUUUUCCAGGUUUUAGUUUUUGCCCAUAUUCAAAGUCUGGAUGAGUUUUUUGGACAUUACAUUAUUAUUAACGCAACUCCAAAUACUGAGUGCAAAAGUGGCUAAUGUGCAAAUAAAUGUGACUGAGCAGGA